CGCGCAGCUGUGGCAUCACCCAGGGUCCGCAGUCACGCGAUCACGGGGACGAAUCGAGCAAGACCUUCAACGUCUCGCUCCAAUCACCAUUCACAUUGAUCACUACGCAACAACCUCCUCUUAGCUCCUCAUUGACUCCUGUCGAUUGUAAUGAUACAACAACUUUUCUUCUGACUUCGAUAAUCAUCUUUGAUCCUCCGUCUCCCAUCUCAAAUCCCCCUUGUCAGUCUCCAGUAUAAAGGUCUCCAUACGUCUUGCGACAGAGUGCAAAACGCUACUUCUCUUCAAGCCAGACAACCCAUUGACAACCAGCAUCCCUCAUCACAAUGACUCGCACUCGUAAAGUCACCGACCGUGACCACGUCGGGCUUGCCAAUGGCACAGCUGCGCCCGAGGAACAUCUCCCGCGUUUCUUCGGCAAGGCCAACUACACCGAAACCGCUCAGAUUGUCAGCAAGAAGCAGGGUGGUGGUAAAGGCAAUUGGGGCACGCCCGGCGUCUCCGAGCUCGAGGACUAUGCCUACAACCCAACCAAACCCCGCCGCCGCACCAACAGUUUCUCCGCCGCCGCCGGUCACUCCCCACUCAAGACCAAGUUCGAAGCCAUCGACCCGCAAGAGGCCGUCUUCUACGACGAAGAGAUUCACGGACCGAACGCCGAAGAUCUGCGUCUCGAGAAGAUGAGCACCGCUAGCUCCACAGGCACCAUGAUGAGUGUCGAAGAAGAGGACGACGAAGCCGGCCGCUGGGCAGAUGCUGCUUUCGGCAAGCAAGUAGGCGGCGAUAAAAACUAGGUGACGACCGGAGCCGGCGAAGUGAUGUGCUCGAUGCACGAUUUGGGAAUAUGUGAAUGUACUAUGCUAUAUGAUGACGACCAUUAUGAUGAUUGCUUGCUUGAGGAAGGUUACUGCGAAGGGAAACUGAUAAGAAGAUUAGCAGUACGGCAAAACGGGCACAGCUUGCGAACACUGCUAGUGUUCAGUCAUGUUUGUGAUGAGCAAACAUGACCAUGGGUGGAGAAAAUGAUGCUGCUGAUUGCAGACCAAUGGUGAUAUGUAACAUCACGAUGAGGAAUGCAAUACAUUCAAUCCG